AUGGAUAAGACGUGGGUUUGGCUGCCAAGGAAUAGUGACGAGUACUCAGAAGGAGCAACUAAUUUUGUGUAUUCAUCAGCAAGAAGAUUGGGAAAUCUGUCUGAAAUGCUGUGUCCUUGCAGAGACUGCCGCAAUUUAAGCCAUCAGCUAGUUGAUAAAAUAGUCGAGCAUCUAGUGAUUAGGGGUAUGGAUAAGAAGUACAAGAGCUCUUGUUGGAGUAUUCAUGGUGAAAAAAGAGAAUCUAAAGAAGACACUGGUCCUGGCAAUGAAAGGGAGGCAUAUGAGUUGUUUAAGACAGCAUUCUCCAUGGAUGAAGAUGGUCCAAAUCAGACGAAUGAAAGUGGGGUGGAGCCAAAUGAUGGUGAUGAAGCAGCAGAGGAAACUGAGUUUAGGAAAAAGUUAAGAGACGCUGAAACGCCAUUGUACUCGGAUUGUAUCAAACACACGAAGGUUUCAGCAAUCAUGGGACUUUACAGAUUCAAGGUUAAAAGUGGUGUGUCUGAGAAUUACUUCGAUCAGCUGUUGGUUUUGCUUAAGGAUAUGCUACCUGAAGACAAUGUGCUUCCAAAGAGUAUGGAUGCAAUCAAGAAAUUUCUGAAGAUCUUUGGGUUCGGCUACGACAAUAUUCAUGCUUGCAAGAAUGAUUGCAUACUGUAUAGGAAGGAGUAUGAGAACCUACAAAGCUGUCCAAGAUGCAAAGUUUCAAGAUGGGAAAUGGAUAAGCACAGUAAUGAGAUAAAGGUGGGGAUUCCGGCAAAGGUCCUUAAAUAUUUUCCAAUCAAGGACAGGUUUAGGAGGAUGUUUAGAUCAAAGAGGAUGGCUGAAGAUCUGCGUUGGCACUAUACCAAUGCGACUGAAGAUGGUACGAUGCGACACCCCGUUGAUUCUAUCUCUUGGGCACAAGUGAAUGAUAAAUGGCCAGACUUUGCUGCUGAACCAAGGAAUCUUCGACUUGGAAUUUCUACAGAUGGGAUGAACCCUUUCUCCAUGCAAAACACCAAUCACAGCACAUGGCCAGUGUUGUUAGUGAACUACAACACGCCUCCAACGAUGUGUAUGAAGGCUGAGAAUAUAAUGUUGACAUUGCUGAUCCCUGGUCCAACAGCUCCUGGUAAUAACAUAGAUGUCUACUUAGCACCAUUAAUAGAUGAUCUGAAAGAUUUGUGGGCUGAGGGUAUUGAAGUCUAUGACUCAUUUGCGAAGGAGAAUUUCACACUUAGAGCCUUGCUGCUUUGGAGUAUCAGUGACUAUCCAGCAUUAGGAACCUUGUCUGGAUGUAAAGUGAAGGGGAAACAAGCAUGCAAUGUAUGUGGAAAGGAUACACCUUCUAGGUGGCUUAAGUUCAGCCGCAAGUUUGUCUACAUGGGAAAUAGAAAGAGACUACCGCCUGGCCAUCGUUACAGAUAUAAAAAAGCUUGGUUCGACAACACAGUGGAGGAAGGGAAUGCGAGUAGGAUACAAACUGGCGCUGAGAUAUAUGAGACAUUACAAGCUUUUAGGAAUGAUUUUGGAAGACCUCUAGAUAAGGAGAAAAAAAGGAGAAGACCAGAGUUGGAAGAUGAUGAGAUGGUUCAAGAAGAAGAGUGUGAAGAAUCAAAUGAUCUAUGGCGGUGGAAGAAGAGAUCAAUAUUCUUUGAACUACCUUACUGGAAGGAUAUGCAUGUUCGUCAUAAUAUUGACGUUAUGCACGUUGAAAAGAAUGUGUCGGAUGCUAUACUGUCUAUCUUGAUGCAAAGUUCGAAGUCAAAAGAUGCAUCGUAUUGGCUAUCGAAGAAAGAGAAGACCAUUUUCUGCAAAAGGUUAUCUCAGUUUAGAGGUCCUGAUGGUUAUUGUGGAAAUAUUGCAAAUAGUGUUUCAGUUAACCCUCCUAAUUUAGGUAGUUUAAAGUCGCAUGAUCAUCACGUGCUAGUACAGAACUUGUUACCAGCUGCAUUAAGAGGGUUGUUGCAUAGUGGUCCUAGGAUUGCCAUUAACAGAUUAUGCAGCUACUUUAACAGGUUGUGCCAACGCAUCAUUGACCCGGAGAAACUUAUAUUAAUGGAGACAGAGUUUGUGGAAACAAUGUGUCAACUGGAGCGCUUCUUCCCUCCAUCUCUUUUUGAUAUCAUGUUCCACCUUCCAAUACAUCUCUCAAAAGAGGCACGCUUGGGAGGACCAGUUCACUUCCGCUGGAUGUAUCCAUUUGAAAGGUACAUGAAAACACUAAAGGCCUUUGUUAAGAAUUAUGCAAGGCCAGAAGCAUGUAUGGCUGAGGGGUAUUUAGCUGGAGAAUGUGUUGCAUUUUGUUUAGAGUUCCUUCAAGAUUCAGUACAAGUUCAAGAACCAGUUAAUCGUAAUGAAGAUAUUGAGGCUGAUAGAGUCGUGGUUGAAGGUCGACCUCUGCAGAAGGGAGUAGAGGUCACCCUUUCAGAUAAAGAUAGAGACAUUGCUCAUCGCUAUGUGCUAAUGAACAUGGCAUCUAUGGAUCCCUAUGUUGAGAUGCAUUUAGAAGAAUUACAAGCUAAUGAUGCUCGAUGUGCUAGAAAUGAAACUCUGCUGUGGAAACACCAUACUGAGUAGUUUGCAGAAUGGGUUAAAAAAAGAUUCAGUCAGACUCAACAAAUAGUCAUUCUAAGGAGUUGAGGUGGUUGGCAUUCGGACCAAGAAAUGCUGCUUUAGCAUAUAAAGGGUUUAUUAUUAAGGGCCAGCGGUUUCAUACGGAUGCGGUUAAGCGGAAGACUCAAAACAGUGGAGUAAGUUAUGAAGCAUUUAGCAUGUGUAGAUCAAGUGCUCGAGAUAUGAGACAAGUUGCUGAUAUGCUUACAUAUUAUGGAGUUAUAAAGGAGAUUUUACUGCUGGACUAUCACAUGUUCAAAGUACCGCUGUUCAGAUGCAAUUGGGCUAACACAGGGAAUGGUGUGAAGGAAGAAGAUGGCUUCACUCUCGUUAACCUUCAUAUGAACCAGGCAGCUUAUUUGAAAGAUCCGUUCAUUCUGCCCUCUCAAGCAAAACAGGUUUUCUACUCUAGGGAAGAUGAUAAUUGUAAUUGGUAUGUUGUUAUGAGAGCACCACCUAGAGGCUACCAUGAGUUGGAAACAGAAGAGGUUUUAGGUGCUGCAGCUUUACCUGUCCAAGAAGUCGAUGAUCUGUGUGAUGAAGCUUCUGAUGAUGAUAGUCUUUAUGUUAGGGAUGAUUGUGAAGGGUUGUUAGUGGUAGAUUGAUAAUAUUUCAUUUUGUAGUGUUGAUGGUUUGUUUAAACAAGGAAAUGUAUUACGCUGGCCUUUUU